AUGCAGCGCCGCCUGCUGCAGCUGCAGCAUGAUAGGGGGCCCCACAAAGAUGUGCGUUUAGGUUUUGUUUCUCCUGUCUCUGCAUGCAGCAGCUUUUAUGGUGCACGACAGCAGCAGCAGCAGCAGCAGCAGCAGCAACAGCAGCAGCAGCAGCAGCAGCAGCAGCAAGUUGCAGGAGCAGCACUGCGGCCACCAGCUGGGGGCCCACCGGGGCCCCCCAUGGGUCCCGUUGGUGGUUUGCUGCGGCGUCAGCAGCAGCAGCAGCAGCAGCAGCAGCAGCAGCAGCAGCAGUAUGAGGGUAUCGACAGUUUAUAUCGUUGGGUGCAGCAGCAGGUGCAGCAGCAGCAGCAGCAACCUGAGGAUGAUGGGUUGCUGCAGCAGCUAGCAGCAGCAAGCAGCAAACAGCAGUAUAUGGAUGCUCUUCGUCGCAUCAGCAGCAGCAGCUAUCUCUCCUAUCUGCAGCAGCCUGUGCUGCCUCUUGACCUGCGGCCGCUGCUGCAGCAGCAGCUGCAGCAGCAAGAAGAGCAGCUGCAGCAGCUGCAGCAGCAACUGCAGCAAAAGCAGCAGCAGAUGCACCAACUGCUGCAGCAACAAAUGCAGCAGCGGAGACGCCACCUGCUGCUGCAGCGAAUACAACCAAACACCAGCAGCAGCAGCAGCAGCAGCAGCAGCAGCAGCAGCAGCAGCAGCAGCAGCAGCAGCAGGAUGUUGAGGCAGCUGCAGCAGGAGCUGCAGCAGAUAAGAGACAAAAGAGUAAUAUGCACGCAGCAGAUACAGUAUAUAAAAGAGAGAAUGCAUGCAGUUGCUGUUUAUAUGCAGCAGCGGCAGCCACCGCAGCAGCUGCUGCAGCUGCUGCAUGCAGCAGCAGCAGCAGCAAGAAAACCUCCCCAUGCAGGUACAGGCCCUGCUGCAGCAGCAAUUGCUGCAGCAGCAGCAACACAAGGACAUAUAACACCACCAACACCAGCAGCAACACCAGCAGCAGCAGCAGCAGCAGCAGCAGCAGCAGCAGCAGCAGCAGGAGAUGACCCCAUAAGCCGCACCGUAGCAGCAACAGAAGCAGCAGAUUUCCCUAUAUGUGUGCCUCCUGCUGCAGUGCAGCAGCAGCAGCAGCAGCAGCUGCAGCAGCAGUUUGGUUUAAUAUCUAAGUGGUUGCUGGGGGGGGGCCUAGGCUCUGUAGCCCGCCCCAGGGGCCUCGCAGCACAGCAGCAUGCAGCAGCAGCAGAAGCAGCAGCAGUUGCUGCUGCUGGAUGGUCAGCUGAGUUCCCGCUGCUGCAGCAGCUACCAGGAGAAGCAGCAGCAGCAGCAGCAGCAAAACAAAUACAAGCAGCAGCAGUACGCGCCUUCGGGGCUAUAGACCCAAACGAAUCCCCCCUAGAGUAUAAACACCGCAUGCAGCAGCUGCUGCAGCAGCAGCAGCAGCAGCUGCAGCAGCAGCAGCAGAAGAAGCAGCAGCAACAACAACAACUACUAGGGCAGCUACAGCCAUCGAAUCAGCAGCAGCAGCAACAGCAGCAACAGCAGCAGCAACAGCAACAGCAGCAACAGCAGCAGCAGCAGCAGGAGGAUGAGUAUCUUCCUCUAUGUUCUGCUGCUGGUGUUGCUGCUGCUGCGCUGCAGCUGCAGCAGGAUGCAUGCAGCAGCCAGCUGCCUGCUUCGGUGCAGCAGCUGCUGCAGCUGUAUGCACACCAAAGCCCCAACAAACUAACACUAAAGGGAACACCAGCGGAGAAUGUAGAUCUGGUGCAGCGCGCAGCAAACGACCUGCAUUUAUUAUUUCAGCGUUUGUCUGCUGCUGCUUCUUCUCAAUACAUGCAGCAGCAGCAGCAGCAGCAGCAGCAGCAGCAGCAGCAGGAGCACGAGGAGGAGGAGGAUGCUGCUGGUGAGGAGGAUGAGGAUGGAGCAGCAGCAGCAGCAGCAGCAGCAGCAGCAGAAGAAGAAGAAGAGAGAUUUGGGGUGUAUAGGCAGCUUGGGGGGGCCGAAAUAAACCCUGUAGAUGUGUUUGCUGCUGCAGCAGCAAAAGAUAUAAAACUGCAGCAACUGAAGGAAGAAAUAAAAAUAACAAAGACAGCAGCAGCACUAGCUAGACAGAAACUAAAACAAAUACACGAAGCACGCAGCAACAGCAGCAGCAACAGCAACAGCAGCAGCAGCACCAGCACCAGCAGCAACAGCAGCAACAGCAACAGCAGCAGCAGCAGCAGCAGCAGCAGCAGCAGCAGGAAGAGAAGGAGACUGAUGAAAGAGAGACAAGAAGAAAAGGAGACAAUAAUAAACGCAAUUGAAACAGCAAAAGCUAUACACACAACAGAACAGUAUUUACAGCUGCUGCAGGCGAUUGGGGACGAUACAGAUCUCACACUGCAGCAGCAGCAGCAGCAGCAGCAGGAGGAAGAGCAGCAGCAGCAGCAGGAGGAAGGGGAGCAGCAGCAGCAGGAGGAAGGGGAGCAGCAGGGACAGCAGCAGAAGCAAGCGGGACAGCAACAGGAAGCAGAAGAGCAGCAGCAGCAGCAGCAGCAGCAGCAGCAGCAGCAGCAGCAGCAGCAGGAUGAUGAUGAAGUAUUAGAUUUGCAUGCACCUGCAGCAGCAGCUGCUGCAGCAGCAGCAGCAGCACCACCACCACCACCAGCACCACCCGCAGCAGCACCAGCAGCAGCAGCAGCAGCAGCAGCAGCAGCAGCAGCAGCAGCAGCAGCAGCAGCAGCAGAAAGGAUUGAUGAAUAUAUUUAA